CGGUAGUGGUUCAGCCGAGGCCGGCUCUGCAGGACCGACUUUAUUCAUAUAACGCGCUGGGUUUAUGGUGGUGGUGGUUAUGGUGAUUCAGUUACCAAAUAUCUACUUUGUAUUCGUAUCUAGCUUGUGAACCGAACCUCUGACAUGGAGAACGUAGAUAAUCGUAAGUUCGACCCCCCAGCUCUCGUAGAGAGUCUGGCCGAUGUGUCUAGCGACCCCGCCAGCGAAGCAAACGAUAAGCGAGCCGCGACACACAGUCUCCUCAUUGUGGAAGAACUGGAGGAUUCCGCGAGCGAGGACCACGGCGGGGCAAGUGCAUCCCCGGCCACCGAAGCGACCCUCGGGGACGGCCUGAACCCCCCGAAGGAGAAGAUACGACGCCACUCCUCCUACGAGUCGCCGAGGCUGUCUGCGCUGCCUGCUGCAAGGCCCUCGCGCAAGAUCAGCCUCGCAGCUCCCAUGCAGCCAGUCAGCAGGAGGAAAGAAGCCUACAAGUAUAACCACGCCCCCCUCAGCAUUGCUUCGGGGACCAUUGAGGACGACGAGGCCGACGCACAGAGGAUUCGGCGCGCCCUUGGCAUUCCCUUCGACGAGGACUUCAGCAGAAAGAACUAUGAGAGAGACGCCAUCCAGAAGAAGACGUUUACGAAAUGGGUGAACAAACACUUAAAAAAGCGCUACACGUGCAUUACGGUCUGCAACAACUGCAACGAUGGCUCCUGCUGCUCGCCCGUAGCGGGGAAGCAAGUCCGAGACCUGUUCGAGGACCUCCGCGAUGGCCACAACCUCAUCUCCCUGCUGGAGGUGUUGUCGGGCGAGCACCUGCCCCGGGAGCGAGGCCGGCUGCGCUUCCACAUGCUGCAGAACGUACAGCUCACCCUCGACUUCCUCAGAUACCGCAAGAUCAAACUUGUCAACAUCCGGUGUGAAGAUAUCGUCGAUGGCAACCCCAAGCUCACCCUUGGGCUCAUAUGGACGAUCAUCCUUCACUUCCAGAUCUCGGAUAUCAUGGUGGGUCAGGAGGAGAACCUGACGGCCAAGGAGGCGCUGCUGCGGUGGGCGCGCCUCACGACCCACAAGUACCCCAAUGUCGACGUCAAGAACUUCACCACCUCCUGGAGGGACGGCCUCGCCUUCGUCGCCAUCAUCCAUAGGAACAGCGAGGUCAUCCGAAGCAGAAGCGCCUCCAGGAAUGAAGCCUCCAAAGGUUCUGACGGAGGGGGUCCUGAGCCCGCGCCACCCGACCUGGUUGAUUGGCGUGCCCUCCGCCAGAGGUCUCCCAGAGAUCGACUUGAAACAGCCUUUCAUGUCAUGGAGCGCGAGUACGGCGUCACACGACUUCUCGACCCUGAAGAUGUUGAUACCCCGGAACCAGACGAGAAGUCGUUGAUUACGUACGUGUCGCAGCUCUAUGAGAUCUUCCCAGAGCCACCCUCUAUUCAUCCCUUGUUCAACAUUGAGGCGCAACGCAAGCUAGAAGAGUACCGAGAAAUGGCCACCACACUACUUCACUGGAUCCGCGAACACAUCUCCAUCAUGAGGGACCGCCACUUCCCCUCAAACACCAUCGAACUCAAGAGAAUGGCCCAAGAGAGCACCAGAUUCCGACAAGAAGAAGUUCCUCCUCGACUGCGUGACAAAAACAACUGUCAGCGUUUGUACCGAGAGAUCCAGAAGCUCCUUGACGGCACGGGCUUUCUGGAGGACGAACUGGCUCCUGAACUCCACUACAACAACGUCGACGCUGAGUGGAACAAGCUCAUGUCGCUCUUCCAGGAGAGAGACGAUGCCUUACACGAUUCCUUGUCCGGUGCCGACAGACUCCAGCGACUGGCGGAGAAGGUCCACCGCGAGAUCAAGCAGACCGAGAUCACUCUGGAGGAGGUCGAGAUCCGCAUCGAGGACGAGGCGAGAAGAGUGGAGCGACUCCACCCUAUGGAUGCCAAACGAAACUGUGAUGCCUUGGACGGAGAGUUGGCUCAGUGCGAGGAUACGAUCAAGACCCUGCACUCCGACGUCAAGGUCCUCCGCGACGGGAAAUACCACGAGGCCCCCACGCUUCACAAGAGGGUUGUGAAACUAGAAGAACGAUACGUAAGUGUGAGGACCCUAUUCGAGAACCGCCUGCUUAUAGUUCUUAACAAUAGAUCGUUUACCCAACAAGAAUCCUACACCACCACCAAGAGAAUAGUUGUUUCCGAAUCCCGACUUGUCGAUACGAACGAACACUUCCGGUUCCUCCAGGAGUGUAUCAACUGGUGCAAAGACAAACUUAAAAAGUUGAACGACAGCGAAUACGGCAAUGACCUGGCAGCUGUGGAGAAGGAGUACGACAGCCACCAGAAAGAGCACAAGAUCAUCCAUCAGUUCCACACUAAUGUCGACAAGUGUGCAGCCGAGGAGAGUAACUUCAGCGGCGAGGAACAGCAGGUGUACAUCAACCUGUUGUCUCAGCUGCGUAAGAUCUAUGCAGAGCUUCUCUCUCUGAGCAACAAACGUGUGUCAGACUUGCACAGCCUCCUGGAUUUCCUGCAAGCUGCAACACAGGAGCUCAUUUGGCUCAACGAACGCGAGGAACAAGAGCUGAACAGAGACUGGGCUAACAAGAGCUUGAACAUCAAUGACGUAGAACGAUACUAUGAGAAGCUCAUGAGCGAACUCGAAAAGAGAGAGGUGCAGUUUAGCGCCGUACAAGACCGUGGCAACAGCUUGGUCAUUGGACACCAUCCUGCCAGCAAGACCGUGGAGGCGUACCUGGCGGCCAUGCAGACGCAGUGGCAGUGGCUCCUGGAGCUGACCCUGUGCCUCGAGACGCACCUCCAGCACGCCUCCCAUUACCACACCUUCUUCACUGACAUCGCAAACGCCGAACAGUGGAUCAUGGCACAAGACGAAAAGCUGAACACCACAUAUUCGACGACGGACUUCGGUCUGGAUGAUGGCGAACAGCUCCUGCGCGAGAUGCAAGACAUCCGGGAAGAAUUGUCACAGUUCAACUCGACCGUGGAUGAACUGAUCAACAGGGCCAAGUCCGUUGUCCCUCUCAAGCAACGCAGACAGACACUGAGACAGCCUACGUCCGUCACUGCAAUUUGCAACUACAAAAAGAUGGAUAUGAGCAUCAACAAGGGCGAGCGUUGCACUGUGCAUGACAACAGCAACAGAGCCAAGUGGAGCGUAGUGACAAGCUCGGGCAGCAAGGGCAUGGUGCCAGGCGUCAUCUUCACCAUCCCGCCGCCCAACCAGGAGGCCAUCGACGCCGCCGAAAAGCUCAAGCGCCAGUACGAGAGGUGCAUCGCCCUCUGGCAGAAGAAACAGUUGCGCAUGCGUCAGAACAUGAUCUUUGCUACCAUCAAGGUUGUGAAGAGCUGGGAUCUUGCUCAGUUCAUUGCGAUGGGAGCAGAGCAGCGCAAUGCCAUCCGUAAGGCGCUGAACGAAGACGCUGAGAAAUUGAUCCAAGAAGGAGACCCGAACGAUCCCCAGCUGAGACGACUGAAGCGAGAGAUCGAUGAAGUCAACAGACUCUUCGAUGAAUUUGAGCGUCGUGCAGCCGAGCCCAAGCCAGGGGCAGUGUUGUCCGACCAAUGCAGCAGCCUGAAGGAGUACCUCGACAUGAUGGAGAAGACGCUCAUCCAACGGUGCCUUGCUGCCAUCCCUCGGGACCUGGACCUCCUCGAGCAGCUGGUCAUCGAGCACAAGCAGUUCGAGAACGACCUCUCCUCGCACGAGCUGGAGGUUGAAAGCAUCCAGAAGAACUACCAGAACUUGACCCGCCGAACGCCUGCCGUACAACGCCAGGUUGAGUCCAUUACACAACAAUGGGAUCGCAUCUGGGCCCUCUCGCAUGUCUACAUCGAACGAAUGAAGUGUGUCGAGAUGGUUGUGACUGGCAUUGAGGAGGGAACCCAAGUCGUGUCCGAGGUUGAGCUGAAGCUCGCUGAGCACCAGGACCUACCCGACGAACUCGAUGACUUGGAGCGAGUUCACCAGGAACUCCUCGACAUCCAGCAGAUUGUCCAAGAUCACCAGGUGUUGAUCGAUCGCCUCCUGGAGGAAUGUCGCAAUGUUCGCACACUCGUAGUAAAGUCAAGACCGAGUCAGAAGAUCCACCCGGACGUGGACCGAUUAGAAGAGGACGUGAGAAAGCUGCGCAUGCGCUGGGAGAAUAUCUGCUCGCAAAUUAUUGAAAGGUUGCGAAGUUGUGAAGCUGCAUGCGAACUUCUCACCAAGUACCGCAAUGGUCAUGAUGUGGAGAAGGUGGACCUCAGCGACUUCGAGACUGGCCUCCGCAACCAGAAGAUUGAAGACCUCGGACCUUCUGAGGCCGAGCUAGAACUAGAGAGGUUGAGGAGCAUGUACAUGAAAAUUAUAGCGAAGAAAACAAGCAUAGAACAUGUAAAUACCCUUGGCGGCCGAUUCAUACGGGAAGCCAAGAUCUAUGACUUGCGCCUGUCCCAGUACAAGGCAAGUCUAGAAGAGGUACACCCUAGUCUGGACGCGAGCCUAAGGAAGAGGCCUCGCAUCCAGAGUGGGGAAGAGAAUGUGGCUCAGCAGCUGGACAAGCUCAACGCCCAGUACCAGUUCAUCGCCGACGAAACUUACGACCGAAUCGCCAAGAUUUACAAUCGGUUCCGACACGAGAAGAAAUUCAACUUCCAGCUCGAAGAUCUCUCUCCUAUUAACCUGGACAAAACUUUCCGUACGGAGCUUAACUUGCAAGAUGAUCGUCAACCAGACAAGGAAGCCCUUAUCAUGGAGGAAGGCUUGGAGUCGAGGUUACUCUCAGAAGCCCAGGUGAUGGUGACAGGUGCCUCACUGCCCCUCCAGCGUCGCUCCUCAGCCACACAGCUGAUGGAGACUGACACUGUUGACAGUCAGGUCACCACCACCACGUUGGGGGGCUCCUCGCUUCAGGUAACCACCACUUCCUCCAUGCGACGGCUAACUCCCGCUUCUGCUGCUGCCACCGGGGUUGCUGAACCUCACUUGGUUCAUCCUGAGACCGGGGAGCAGCUGACCUUACACCAGGCCAUGGAACUAGGUCUGGUGGACUUGGCAUCAGGCAACAUGAUUCAUCCUACCACAGGGGAGACUUUCCCCUUGAAUGAGGCUGUGCAGCGUGGUUAUCUCAGCCCUACUCUUUUGCAGCAUCUUCAGACCCCUUGUGGCAUUAAGGAUCCAACCACAGGGCGCGAACUAACACUUUUAGAGGCUACAAAGCAGGGGUUAUUCAGUCCUGAAGAAGGCGCCUUCAGGGACCCCACAACAGGCAAACUACUAACACCUGAGGAGGCUGCUAAAGUUGGCUUCGUCAUUUUGGAGAAGGUAAGCUUCUUUACCCAACUCUGUGUACCAGUGGUGGCUCCGCUCUCUCUAUACCAUGCGAUAGUUGAGGGCCAUGUUAAUGUACGGACAGGAGAAUUCACCGUUCCUACUUCAGGAGAAAAGAUUCCCAUAACACAAGCCUUUGCCAAGAACUACAUCUCCGCAGAUCCAUCUCAUGUGUCAACGAGUGGCAUUACACUCUCUGAAGCCAUUGCUCAAGGUUUUGUAGAGCCAUUCUCUGGCCAGGCUGUUGACAGGAACUCCGGAAACAAGUAUACGUUAGAUGAGGCUCUUGAGAGAGGUUUGUUAGCAUCCCAUGUAAGAGAGGUCGUUAAUUCGGACACAGGCUGUAAAAUGACUCUUGCUGAAGCUAUUGAUGAAGGUGUGAUAGAUGUGACAGCUGGGCGAUACGUAAAUAACGUUACAGGGCAGAAAAUACAGUUUAAUGAGGCAAUGCAGCAACAGCUGAUCUGUAGACCCUAUACACUGAAAGACUGCAAUGAUCUUAAAAUCUUAGAUGCGAAUGGGCACAUUCAGGAUCCUCAGAUUAAGGAUUAUGUUCCCUUACUGGAAGCAGUAGGGAAGGGCAUUGUAGAUGUUGACCUGAAAUCAGUGAAGGACACUGCUGCAAAGACCCUUCUAACUCUUCCUGAGGCCUUGAUGUUUUCUGUGAUACUACCUGAGGGAAAAUAUCGUGACACCGAGAGUGGAGAAGUUAUGAGUCUGAUUGAUGCUGUGAACAAGGGGCUUAUUACAUCAGUGUGUACUAAAACAAUCUUUGAUAUAGAUGGCAUAAAAGAUCCUGAAACAGGUGACUAUAUUAGCUUCAAGAUGGCUCUACUCAAAGACGUUAUCAGUCCAAAAACUGGGUUAUUCAAAGACCAAAGAACAGGUAAGACCAUGACCCUAGAAGAUGCUGUAGCAGCCAAGAUGAUCCAACCACAAAUACUUGAAACACUUAAGAUGAAUAUAGGAAUGGUUGAUGAGGGAGGAAACGAAAUGAAUGUAGUAGAUGCAGUAUUAUCAGGACGACUUGAUCCUAACAGUGGUGAGAUUCUUCAUCCCACAAGUGGAAAGGCAGUUGCACUAGAGGAUGCAGUGAAUACAGGUUUAGUGACCCCUGAAGGAGCUGCCACACUGAAGGGUCUCUUGAGUGUGACUGUCACUACUGCUACAAUUACCAAGACUAUUAAGAGGUAUGUAACAGUCAAGACCACUGGAGUUGUAACAACAGAAUCUAGAAUUACAUUAAAAGAGGCCCGAAGCAAAGGUCUUGUUGAUGAGGUCCAAGGUACAUACCAUGAUCCUGAAACUGAUAAGACUAUUCCUCUAGAUGAGGCUAUUCAACAAGGUCUUGUAACUUUGUCUUCAGAAUGGCCCACUACCCUACCUAGUGAUGAAUCUACAGCAGAUUCCCUUAGUGGUUCAAUAUCGCCAACAAGGGAGGCUACAAAACGUCAUCUAUCUCCUGGAAAGUCACCAAGUCCAGUAAAGGCUGCUAGAACAGACUCUGAAAGAGAGAGUUCUCCUUCAUCACCUGAUAAAACAGAUAGGGACAAGUCAAUAAGCUCUCGUAGUUCUGAGGGAACUGAAACAUCAUUAGACAAGAGACCAGACACACUUUUCCAAACUUCUUCUUCAAGAGAAGGUUCUCCCACAAAGUCAGGGCCAGAUUCACCUUCAAAGUCUUUCAGUUCAAGACAGGGGUCACCUUAUUCUGAUUCUAGGGAAUCUCCAACUAAGUCUUUUGGCUCAAGAGCAGAUUCUCCAAUGAAAUCCAGUGGUAUAGGUCCAGAGUCCCCAUUGAAAACUGAUGAAUCUACUCCCACCUCUCCAGAUAAAGGAAGAACAGGUAGGGUAAUUGUGUCCCCAGAGAAAAUGCCACCAGGCACAAAAACUUCAUUUAGGUCCCCAGCUGAUUCUGUUGACAGUGCUAUGGGCAAUGUUGAUGAUUUAGAUAUGACAUCAUCAGGGGCAUCACUUACAGGCACCACAUCUGUACUAAAUGAGAGUUACACUGCUAAGACCAGAACACUUGAAUUGCCACCAGAUGGAUGGUACCUUAAGGAAGCUAUUACUGAAAAGCUUUAUGACCCAGUAAUGGGUCUCUUUACCAUCCCUGGUACCGACAGGUUAGUGAGUUUUGAAGAGUGUGUCAAGAUAGGAAUAAUUGAUCCAAGAUCAGCAGAGGUAGUUGACCCUAAGAAUGGUCGAAUUAUUGCUUUAACCAGAGCUUUAGACAAGAAAAUUCUUGAUGCUACAGGAAAGUAUCCAGACAGUGAGUCUAACUCUAACAGAAGGCUUACUAUGCAAGAAGCUAUUACGAAGAAAUUUGUAAUUCUCAAAGAUCGCACAGAUUCCCAAGAGUUUGCAUCUGGGCGUGUUAUUCAGAUCACAAGUGUCGAGGGACAGCCAGACAAAGUUCAGGUGUCAGGUGAUGCAUCAAACAUAUUUACAGAAAUUAAAACUAAUGAAGCAGUCGUUGAUUCAGCUCCUGUCGAAAUUAAACCCGGCAUGAUGUUUGAUCCUACACAGGGCAGUGUUCAGCUGGAUGAUGGGUCUGUUGUUGAUGUGGUGACAGCCGUGAAGGAAGGCAAGAUUCAGCCAACUGGAGUUAAAGUAAAGGAUCCAUAUUCUGGACGAGAUCUCAAUAUCAGCGAGGCCAUGAGGAAGGGGAUCAUUGAUAAGGAGUCUGGUGAAUAUAAAGAUAAGACUGGUCGCAAGCUGUCCCUUACAGAUGCUGCAAAAUAUGGUGUCUUAGGAAUAGCUGCUGUUAUAGGUGCCCCUGUUAUUGCCGGCGUUGCAGCUGCACAGGCUAUCAAGAAGGGCAUUAAGAAGGUGAAAAAGAUUGAUCCUAAAACAGGCACAGAAAUUAUUAUUGAAGAGAGUGUUGAAGUUAUUACAGAUUCUCAAAGUGAAGAGGAAACUUCGGAGACUGUUGUUGGUAAAAGGAAGGAAUCAACAAUUAAGUCCACAACAGUUGUAGAGACAGAUAUUGUUCUUCAAGAUCCUGUAACUGGCCGGGAGAUGACCCCAGAGGAAGCCUUUGCAGAGGGACUAAUUUCUCCAGAAGAACUGGAGGAAAUUAAGAGUUCUGCUCAAGAAAGAAUUGUUGAGGUACAGGAUGAAAAGGUAUCAGAAGAGGAUAUGAUUACUAUUCCACACGAAAAGGAAUAUCAAAUUCUAGGCCCUGAGGACACCAGUAAAGACAAAGUAGAAGUAGUUAUGAAGGCAGGAUCACCAGAGAAGACCCCAUCACCCAUGAAAGCAGGGUCACCUGAGGGAGUACCUUCACCUGUGAAAGCAGGAUCACCUGAGAAGGCACUUUCACCUGUGGAGGCAGGAUCACCCAUGAAGGCACCUUCACCUGUGAAGUCAGGAUCACCAGAAAAGGCACCUUCACCAUUGAGAGCAGGAUCACCUGUGAAGGCAGGAUCACCUGAGAAGGCACCUUCACCUGUGAGAGCAGGAUCACCAGAAAAGGCACCUUCACCUGUGAGAGCAGGAUCACCUGAGAAGGCACCUUCACCUGUGAAGGCAGGAUCACCAGAAAAGGCACCUUCACCUGUGAGAGCAGGAUCUCCUGAGAAGGUACCUUCACCUGUGAAGGCAGGAUCACCUGUAAGGGCAGGAACACCUGAGAAGACACCUUCGCCUACAAAGGCAGGUUCACCAGUAAGGACAGAACCAACUGAAAAGGCAGGGACCCCAGAGAAAAUACCUUCACCUGUUGAAGUUGAAUCGCCUGGAAGGGCAGGUUCACCAGAGAAGGCCUCAUCUCCUGUAAAAGCAGGCUCUCCUGAAAAGACUCCUAUGCUUGAAGGGGCAAUCUCACCUACAAAAACAUCACCUGUACGUAGAUCCCCGGAAAAAUCUGCAUUGCAAGAGACAGAAGAUGUGCAGAAAACUAAGGAACCUGAAGAAUCUAGUUCACCGAGUAAGGACAAGGCAGGUUCACCUAAAAAGGAAUUGCCAGAAGGCUUGUCUCCAAAAGAAGUUAAUGGGAAGCUUGAAAUUGAAGGUGAUCUUGCAGAUUCAAAAGAUCCCACCAGACCUGAAGCCUCCAGUCCUGAUGAUUUUGGCGAUAGGAAAAUGUCUCUUGGGGAGAAGACCAGAGAACGUGUUACAACUGAACCCAAAUUCAGUGUUGCUAUAGGGCGAGCGAAGUCUUUACCAAGCCCUGACCAUGAAGGAAAACCUGUCAGACUUCAAAAAGUACGCAGGAAGACUAUGAAACCCAAGCAAGCCGCUUCAAAGGGUGUUGUUGAUGAAAACACUGCUGCCAUUCUCGAAGAUCCUAAUACAUUCCGUGGACCAGAUGGUGAAUCAAUAACCUUAGAGGAAGCCCUUAAGCUGAAGAAGAUUGAUGGGGACACAGGAGCUGUGCUUGAUAUUGCACGAGGAGAGCCAUUAACAAUUACAGAGGCUGUAGAAAGAGGUGUUCUUGACAGGAACACUGGUAAUGUGUUGAUUCCUGUUGGGCGCAGUGUUACUCUCCCAGAAGUUGUAACACAGGGUCUCCUUGACAAAGAUUCUCAGAAAUUCAUUCAUCCUGAGACUGGUACCAGUUUAACACUUAGUGAGGCAGUUCUCUGUGAUAUCAUUGACCCUAUUUCACAGGUUAUUGAGCCAAAUACACAAGAAAUUAUCACUUUGGAGGAAGCUAUGAAGAGAGGUAUUAUUGAUCCAACCAGUGGUCAAGUUAAUGUUUCUAAAGGACCCGUGUCAAUUUUAGAGGCAGUUGAUAUGGAUAAUGUCUUUGUCACACCAACUGCUGCCAGGGUAGAUUGGCUUCCCCCUGUGGGAAUGACCUUCCCUGUUGCUUUGCAACGAGGCCUUGUCGAUGCUGACAAUAAAGAAAUAGUUAAUCCUGUAACAACAGAUCGUCAACCACUAAAAACAGCCAUUGAAAAUGAUUUCAUUAUGGCAUUGCCAUGCCCUAUUUUACCAGAGAGUGUUCAAGUAACUCAGGCUCUUGACUGUAAACUAAUUGAUACAGAAUCCUGCACAUUCACCAUACCAAACUCAGGACAAGAGGUUCCUGUUGAAAAUGCUGUUGAAAGUGGCUUGCUUCAAAUUAAGCCUAUGACAACUGUUUUAUCACCAGAAGAAACUGUUAUCAGCCAAGAAGUAAUAACAGAAACAGUAAGGACUUACGAAACUAUCACCACCACCACAGUAAAAGUCGAAACUGGAUAUAUACUUAUCAGCCCAACAGAAGUGAAAAAUGAAAAAACUGGUGAGAUACUGUCUAUAGAAGAGGCAAAGAAAAAAGGCAUUGUUGAAGAUCUUGGCACAGAGGAGUAUGAGGAAAAACCAACAUUUAGAGAGGCAGCAGAACAAGGACUCAUUGACUUUGCUAAAGGAACAUUUGAAGACCCUAACACAGGUAAUGUUAUUCCAAUUGAUAAAGCCAUUCAAAAAGGUCUUGUGGAGCCCAUGGAACCAGCACCUUCUACUGAAGUUACCAGUAAAAUCAAUAUUAUGCAGGCCUUUUCAACAAUCUAUCAUGAGAAGUCUGGGAAGUUUAAAGAUCCCCAGUCAGGUACUCUGUUAACACUUGAGGAAGCAGUUGAUAAAGGAGUAAUUGAUCCAGAAGCAAUGGUCUACGACACAAAGAGUGGCCAGGCAUUGUCAACUAAAGAGGCUGUGGAUAAAGGUGUAAUUGAUGUGAAAGCUGGUGACUUUAUUGAUGCCAAAACAGGAUCAAAGGUUAAAGUUAAAGAUGCUGUGAAGAUGGGUCUGCUUGCAGUUAUUGGUGCACCAAUACUUGCUGGAAUGGCUGUUAAAGAAGUUAUUAAGGUGGCUCAUGAUAAAAUAAAAUCAUCAUCUGCAGAAAAGAAAACUAUUGUGACUGAGAUCACAGAAGAGUAUGAACCAGUUAAGACAGCAGAGGACAUGCUUAAAAGACCAUCCAUGCGAUCUGAGGAUGAAAUUUCUCUACCAGUGAUUGAAGUUGGUCAGAAAAUGACCUUAAGAAAUGCAAUGGAGGGACGUUACAUUGAUGUAGAUUUGUGUGUAGUUGUAUCCCCCUCCACAGGAAAGAGACAACCUUUAAGACGUGCCAUAAUUGAAGAGUUUGUUACCCUAGUGACUGUUAUUGAAAUUCGCAGUCGGACUGAGAUCUGGAUUGUUGAGGAAAUCACAAUUAUAACAGAAGUUGUCAGGACUUUGGAUCCUAAGGUGAUGGCUCAGAAAGGUCAGUAUGAUCCUAAUAGUGGCAACUUUGUUGAUCCAGACACUGGUAAAGAGAUCUCGUUCCAGCAGGCAAUAGAGAAUUCUGCCUUAAACUCAGAACUUACAGUAGUAAAAGAUCCCACAACUGGAAAGGAGAUACCUCUUCAGGAAGCUAUUGAUAAGGGAAUUGUAAGUCCAACAACAGGAGAAGUGGUAGAUCCUCAAACAGGGGAGUCCCUUACAUUCUUUGAAGCUGCCCAGAAGGGUCUCAUUAAACCUGAUGAGAAAAAGGAACUGACAGAAGAAAAAUCCAAAGCUGUUGCUUCUCUGGAUGAUGCCAUUGGGAAGGGUCUUCUGAACCUAGACACAGGAAUGUUUACUAAUCCUGGAACUGGAGAAUCCAUGACAGUUGGUGAAGCUUUGAAGAGUGGCCUUCUAGAUCCUGCUACCGUCCAUAUAUAUGAUCCAAGGAAUGAGGAUGUAGCCUCCUUGAAGGAAGCAGUUGAAAUGGGGCUGAUUGACCUAGAUUCAGCCAAAUACACAGAUCCAGAGACAGGUUGUGAGAUGGAUUUAACGACAGCCUUGUCCAAAGGAAUUUUGGUUCCUAAGAGAAAGGCAAUGUCCUUGGUGGCUGUGGUAAACAAAGGUCUUUAUGAUAAGAAGUCUGGCAAAAUUAAUGAUAGCAUAACCAAACAAAAGCUUGACGUGGAUGAGGCUGUAAAGAGAGGUAUAGUGAAUGCCUUUAUCACCCUCUGCAAGGACACCAAAGCAGACAAAUAUAUUACACUUGAUGAUGCUCUGCUGCUUGAUCUAGUAGUAGCUCAAAAUGGGAAGUUCAAAAAUACCAAGAGCAACUUGUUUAUACCUUUGGAUGAAGCAGUGAAACAAAAAUUAAUUGUGACUCACCGUACAUCUGUUCCUCUUACUGAUGCUGUUCUUGGUGAAAUGUAUGAUCCCACAGAAGGUACAUUCUAUGAUGCUUGUGAAGGUGAUGAAUUGACAUUGAAUGACUCCAUGGCUUGCAGAUUAGUGGACACAAGUAUCUGUAGAGUUAAGAUCGAUGAGGAAACUUAUACCAUAAAAGAUGCACUUGACAAGUCCAUAUUGGAUGGUGAUUCUGGCAAGUUACUUCAGCCAGAAGAGAUGAGCCUUGAUAUAGCAGUGAAAAAAGGUUACUUGAUAACUAUUGUGGGUACAUUCUCAUUGCUCCAAAUUAUUGAGGAUGGUCUUUAUGACCCAGAAACAGGUCUGAUCACUGUAGAUGGAGAUCGAAUUACCAUUAAGGAUGCAAUUGAAAGAGACGUUGUUGAUGCUUCAUGUUUAACUAUAAAGGACCCUCGAACUGGAGAGACCAUAAGCUUGGAAGAAGCAAUUAAAUCAGGCUUGAUUGAUCCUGUUACUGGUACUUUCAGGGACCCUGUAACUGGUGCCGAUGUUGAACUAACAGAAGCAUUAUCAAAGGGUGUAGUGGUAGAAGGUAAAACUACCUUUACUCUGUAUCAGGCUGUGACCAAAGGCCUCUACAAUCCAAGCACAGGUCGUGUUACAAGCCCUGUAUCUCAAGAUCAACUGACUGUUCACAAGGCCAUUCGCAGUGGCAUUAUUGACACUAGCACAACCCUAGCUCGUGAUCCCAACACAGAGAAAUUAAUGAGUUUCAAACAGGCCACUUCAAAUGAACUUGUUGAUACAAGAACUGGCAUGAUAAACUUUGGCAGAAUUAAAAAGAUGAAUUUCAAGGAUGCAUUUGAGCAGGACUAUCUCAUGGAGGCUCAGAUGCCAAUGGCUCUCAGAGUAGUGAUCAUGAAAGAACUCUAUGAUGAGGAGAGUGGCAGGUUCUUGAGUCCUUCUACUGGGGAGUGGAUAUCUCUGUCUCAAGCUCUAGCUGUACAGAUGAUUGAUCCAGACUCGACACAUGUGAAAGACACGCUUUCUGGCCGCCUUAAGAAGGUUAACAUUAGAGAAGCUAUUGAAUGUGAUCUCAUUGAUGGUGAGACUGCUCUGGUCAAAAACCAUCAGACAGGCACCCAACACACUAUAUUAGAAGCUUAUGAACUAGCUCUGAUCAUUGACAGUCGUGUUGCCAUGUCGCUUCAACGUGCCUUGCAUCAAGGGUUAUUAGAUGAUGAACAGGGACUCCUAACAGAUGUCAACACAGGUAAGAAAAUAACCUUACAUGAGGCUAUGAGACGCCUUGUAAUCAACCCAAGCCUUCCGUGUUACUGGGACAGUAAUUCUUCAACAUGUCUUUCACUAGUGCAAACCUGUAGGGAGGGUAUUAUUGACCGCCGGCUUGGCAAAUUCAAUGACCCAAAAUCUGGAUGUACUCUUACCUUAAUGGAUGCUCUUGACCAUGGAAUGAUCCUGGAUAUUGACAAACCUCAGAGUCUGCAUGAUGCUGUCACCAUGGGAUUUUGUGAUCCUAAAUCAGGUAGAAUGAUACAACCUAACACAGGAAGGAAGUUGACUUUAGCUGAUGCCUGUAAGCAAAACAUAAUAGAGCCAUCUGUCUCAAUUAUUAGAGAUGCUAGCAAACCUCGUUUCAUGAAGCUGAAUAUUGCUGUAGGAGAAGGUCUUAUUGAUGAUAUUAAAGGGAGAUAUGUUAUGCCUGAGUCAAGAGAAGAGCUUACACUUGAGGAGGCUGUAGAAAAGAAGCUCAUAGUUACAUCUAAACGACCACUUACUGUGGAAGAAGCUUUGAGCUAUUGCCUGUACACACCAGAAACAGGCCGUUUGAUAGAACCAUGUGUAGGAGACAAACUGGACCUGGCUGAGGCCAUUGAUCAUUCUCUCAUUGAUGGAAACACAACAGCCCUGAAGAAUCCCGCAGAUAGCACAAUUAAAAGUAUACGUGCUGCUGUUGAGGACCUAGAUAUCGAUGUCUCUAAAGGCAUGGUCACAGAUCCUCAAACAAAGAAAUCUUACCCUCUCAAUGUAGCCUUUGACAGAGGCCUUAUUGUAACUGUAGGCAAGCCUAAAAGUUUCAUGCAGGCUGUUCGUGAGGGAUCCAUAGAUUUUGAAAAAGGUACAUACACAGAUCCAGAAACAGGUAUUGAGUAUACACUGGAGGAAGCUCUUCGGUAUGAACUAGUGGAUCCAGAUUCUGCAGUGAUUAAGGAUCCAAGAACAGGUAGAUACAAAACUCUGAAGAGAGCCAUCCAGGAAGGGCUUGUUGACCUGAAAAAGCGUGCUAUGUUUGACCCACAAACUGGUACUCUAAAGACCUUGUGCAUAAUCUUCGACCAAGGAACUAUAGUGUUCCUUAGAGAGCCCUUAUCAUUUGAUGAAGCUAUCGACAAAGGCCACCUGAACACAGAGACAGGAAUGUUUAUUGAUCCCAACUCAAAGGAAGUUCUAAAUCUUCGAGAAACCUGCCGUCUUGGUCUGAUUGACCCCAAGACUGUCCUUGUAAAGAAUACUCGAACCAGGCAACUUCUUCAGCUGCCUGAAGCUUGUGAAGUAGGUGCUGUUGAUGCUGAUAAGGGCAUGGUUUAUAAUACAGCUACUAGUCACCUACUAACUAUCGCUGCUGCAAUGGACUCUGGACUCAUCAUCACACCACGCCGUGGAUUAGCUCUCUUAGAAGCACUAGACUAUGGUCUCUAUGAUGAGAAGACUGGGCACUUGCUCAACCCUCAUGAGAAAAAUCAUAUAUCCCUGCGAGAAGCAAUAUCUUGUGGGUUGAUCGACAGCACAACAACCAUGGUAAAGUGUCCCGCUAGCGGCAGCAUCCAAGGCAUUGCUGAGGCUACACGUAUUGGUUUGCUGGACGAUCAGGGUGGUGCUGUGAUAGACCCUACCUCAGGCACUCACUACCCACUACCUGAGGCUCGUCGCCAGGGCUACCUGCUCACCGCACAAGCGCGGCAAGCAAUGAUCGAGAAGUACAAGCAGUGUGAUGCUACAAUAGUAGACAUGAUGGACGAAGUGAGUGAGAUUGAACGGCGUUUGGCAGAACAAGAGCCAGUCAGCGAGAAUGCCAAUGGUCUUCGUAACCAGAUCAACACUGUUAAGGCAAUCAAAGAUGAGUUGGAUGAGAUGUUCCGUCCUCUCGGAACCUGCCUGGAUGGAGUACGCCAGGUGGUGAACCAAGGGGGUGAUGUUCUAUCCCGUGAGGAGCUGGAGUCUCUGGACAUGGCUGCCACCAGGCUGAAGCAGCGCUAUGACAAGUGUGUCGACCAGGCCGAUACCACCCACCGCCGUCUUACCACUGCUAUGGAGGAGUUCUCCAAGUAUGAAAAGGAGAUUGCUCUCUUCCAGACAUGGUUGAGGCAGGCAACUAAGACUUUGAUUGAGAAAGAGCGCCUUUGCUCAGACCUCAAUAAAAUCAAGAACCAUGAACAGGGAUGCCGAGACUUCCUGGGUGAUGUUAUUGCCCACCAGGCUGACCUCCGCUUCAUCACCAUGGCCACCCAGAAGUUCUUGGAUGAGUCCAGCGUGUACCUCCGCACAGUCAACAACUUCCGCACUUCACUGCCGGAGAGAUACCCAGUUUUGCAAGCUGAUCCCGACUCGGUGGUCCGCGAUGCCGCCGAUGACGUUACGGCUGAGUUUAAGGAUCUGCUAGCCAGAGCCAACAAACUAGUUGAUAAGGUUACAAGUGUCGGCAACAAACAGCGUGAUUACACCGAAUCCAUUGAGAAGGCCAUACGCUGGCUGAAGGACACCGAUGUCAAGAUUACCAGAAUCCUUCAGGAACCUGUAGGAGCAGAGCCCAAGAGCGUCCAGGAUCAGCUGGACAAGACGAAGGCCAUCAACAACGACGUAGUGGCACAGUCUCGCCUCUUCGAUAAUUGUCGUGGAACGGCGGCGGCGCUGCUGCGUGCUCUGGAGGGGGAGCUCGAUGCCAACGAGAAAGACGCGAUCGAGCGCCCUCCUGAAGAACUCUACGAGAGGUACAAUGAGCUGGCUGACCGCCUGGCACACCGCUGCCAGGAGCUGGACACCGCCCUUGUGCAGUGCCAGGGUGUGCAGGAGGGUCUGGACUCGCUCAUGGCCUGGCUCUCGAGCAUCGACUUGCAGCUAAAGAACGCCAGCAAGCCUGCAUCUCUGAACCGCGAUCGCCUGGACGAACAGGUGCGAGAACACCGCCAGCUCCACGCAGACAUCAUGUCGCACCAGGCGUCGGUGGUGCAGAUCAACGACUCCGCGGAGGCGCUGCUCUCCUCCGCCUCCAACGCCCGUGUGGCCAAGAAGAUCGAGACCAAACUGAGGGAACUCAACACCAAAUUCGAGAAGGUGGUUGAGCGGUCCGAGGCCCGAGGUCACCACCUGGAGGUCGUGUCCACACAGCUCGAAGCCUUUACGGUGUCCGUGGAGCACUUCGAGGAAUGGUACAUCGAGAUCGUGGAGGUCGUGGAGUCGAGGGAGGUGCUUUCUCUCGAUGUCGAAAGCUAUGCUCGCAAGAUUGAUGAGAUUGCACGUCAGCGUGAUGCAAGAACUGGCGACUUUGAUGGCAUGAUCAAGACAGGAAAGGAACUUGUGUCGAAGAAGGAUGUCACAGACACAGCACCUGUAAAAGACAAGAUCAAGAACCUAGAGGGCCAGUGGAAGGAGCUAAAUGACACUCUGGACGAGAGAGCUCGCAAUGGCAAAGAGAGGUCAGAGCAGCUACUCGCUUACGAACAGUUGCGAGACCGUUGCACUCAGUGGCUCACCACCACAGAGAACAUCCUUGAUAAUGCCCAGGCUGUUGGCCUUGAGACUGAGAUUGUUAAGAGACAAAAUGAAGAACUCAAGCCACUUCACAAGGAAUUCCGUGAAUAUGCUAGCACCGUUGACAAACUCAAUGAACUUGGCAAUGCAUACGAUGCCUUGCUGCGAGGUGAGAGACCAGAGAGUCCGACAAGACGUCGAUCAUCUGUCACACCAGCCAAGCGUCCCUCUAUCACGUCGCCUCUAAAAUCCCCAGUGAGGCGAGUGUCACAGGACGCACGUAGUCCCUCACCCACGCAGAAGUUCAUGGGCUUCAACGGGUCUGGCCCCAUGUCACCCAUCCCUGGUGGUUAUGCUAGCAGGCGCACAUCACAGGAAGGAUUCCACCUCGAUGAUAUGAGUCCUAUCCAGAAGGAGUUGAUGCAAGUGAACAACCGUUAUGAAAUGAUUGGAAUGAGAUUAAGUGACCGUCAGAAUGACCUAGAUGUAAUGAAGGAGGAGCUGAAGAAAUUGAGUGAAAGUAUUCGCUCUCUCAACACUGUCUUGGAUAAGGCAGAGCGCAGCAUGCCAAGAGAUGCUGUGCCCACUACAAAAGAGGAAGCAGAUAAGCAUAAUAGGCAGUGCAAGAACAUCCAAGAUGAUCUGCUGGAGAAACAGCCUGCCCUUGAUUCACUGAAGAGCCAGGUCAUUGAGUUGAUCAAGAAGAGGCCUACUGCUCCUGGUGCUGACAUUUUGCAAGAUCAGUUUGACCUGGUAAAUGAUCGUUACAAGGAGCUCCAGGGUCGCCUCAAGGAUCGUCUCAGCUUCCUAGAACAUACCAAAGAUUUCCUUGAUAGCCAUGAUGCUCUCAACAACUGGCUUAAUUCAAAAGACAAGAUGAUGACUGUCUUGGGCCCCAUUGCUUCUGAUCCUCGCAUGGUCCAGAUGCAGGCUCAGCAGGUGCAGGUGCUCAGGGAUGAAUUCCAGGCACAGGAGCCAAAGCUUAAUGAUCUGAAUGAUGCUGGAGACAAGAUCAUCAGUGUAUGUGAGCCCAACUCACUGGCUGGAAAGAAGAUCAAUGACAAAUUGGAUGCCAUCAACAACAAGUGGACUGAGCUUAUUGGCCAGCUGGAUGCUCGAGACUCCGCUCUUAAUGCUGCCUCUGAUGCUAGCACAGAUUUCUACAAUAAUUACAAUAAGCUUCAUGAUACCUUGCUCAAGUUGGGUGAAGACUUUGAUGAAGUUUCAGCCAGUGGUGCUGAUUCAGCUCAGCAAAUUCAGGCUGUGCAAGAUCUAGAGAAAGGUUUGGAGAAAGUACGUGGUGCUCUUAUUGAUCUGGAGGGCUUGGGUGAACACCUGGUCUCUAUUCUCUCUGAUCCAUCAUCCAAGUCUGAUAUCAAGUCUAAAGUCACCCAGCUCAACAAAAUGUUCAAUAACCUGGAGAAGAAACUUGGUAACAGAAAGUCAGAAUUGGAAGCCUCCCUCAGAGAUGAAGAAAUGUUUGGCCAGUCAUGCCAAGACAUCCAAGAAUGGUUGGCUGACCAAGUGGCUCAUCUCAAGGAUAAACUUCUGGUUUCUGCAGACCGAGAUAUCCUCUCUCACCAGGUGAGUGACUUUGAGCCAGUCUACAAGGAUCUGAUGGCUAAGGAGCAUGAAGUCAUUAUGAUGAUUAAUAAGGGCAAGGAAAUUGUUGCCAAGUCAUCAAGAAAGGAUCUGAACAGACAGUUGUCAUCAACUCUCGAUGCAAUCAAAAAUGAGUGGGAUAAUGUACGCAAAACUGCUGUAGAGCGUCGAUCCAGACUUCAGAAGUGCAUGGAUACUUGCAAUAAGUUCCAUAACAUGCAAGAGAAAUUCAACCCAUGGCUAGACAAGGCUGAAGAUAAGGCAAGAAACAUGGAUCCAAUUGCAUUCACAAAGAAGGCCAUUGAUAAGCAGAUCAAGGAGAUUCAAGCUUUCAAGAAUGAUGUUUCCCGUCACAGUGGAGAAUUUGAGAACAACAAAACAGCAGGAGAUAAGCUUGUUGGGUGCACUGACACAGAUCAUGAUGGAGUUCAUGAUGCCCUUGGCAUUAUGAAGGAGCGCUGGGACAACCUUAAUGCCAUUGUCAUGGCAAGAGCACAAGACCUUGAUGAUGUUUCAGCUACAUUGGCAGACUUCAAUGAAAAGGCAAGAGACCUGGACCACACACUCCAACGCUGUGGGGACAAACUUGCCUCUCUUGAUACUUUAGGUGGAGGUGGCAAAGAUGCCAAAUCACUGGAGAGAAUGAAGGCAUUGCUUGAUGAAACCAGUGCUCUUGGCAAGCAGGUUGACCAAGUAAGACAGAAGGGUGAAGAUCUGUGCACUGCUGCUGAUUCUACAGGAUCAGAUGCUACCCAUAUUCAGGAUGAAGUUGAAAGGCUGUCAGACCGUUAUGGUGAUCUAAAGGGUAAGCUUGAGGAUCGCUGUCAUGAUUUGGAAGAAGCUUCCCAGGCUGUCAACCAGUUUGGAGCUCUUGUGAAGAAUGUUGGUCAAGAACUUACAGGAUUAGAUGAUGAAAUUGACCGUAUGGCCCCUGUUGGUAGAGACAUCAAGACUGUAACAGGGCAGAUUGAUCAGCUACAGAGCUUCUUGACCAAGGUUGACCAGAAGGCUGACGAAAUUGAAGAUGCAAAGGCAGCCUUGGAGGAUCUUGUUGCUCAAGGGUUCACAGGUAGUAAUAACCGCACUGCCGAGGACCAGAUUAAGCAGCUUGGUCGCCAGUUGAAGAAAAUCCAAGAUCGCUGUGAUGUCCGUGGCAAGGACCUUGACACUGUUUUGAACAAAUUAGAAAACUUCUACCAGAAAUACAGUGUGGUAAUGGAGGAAAUCAACGAAACGGACAAGGAAGGUGAAGCAUUUAAACCAGUGGGUGCAGAUGUUGACACAAUCAUUGCUCAACAGGAGGAAUUUAAGAGAUUUAAGGGCAAACACAUUGAAGCUUUAGGAAAACAAGUAACUGAAUGCAAUAAGCUUGGUCAGGGGCUCAUUCAGAGUGCUGCAUCAGGUGUUAAUACCCACGAUCUUGAGGAUGAUAUUGAUGGCAUGAAUGAUCUCUGGAAUAAACUGAAGGAGAUGAUUGGCAACCGAGAGAAGGCUCUGGAUAAGGGCUUGAUGCAAUCUGGCAAGUUCCAGGAUGCAUUGGACAGUAUGUUACAAUGGCUUGGCAACUUUGAAGAGAUGAUGGAAAAUCAAGCACCUAUCUCAGGUGAAUACUCCGUGGUGAAGGCUCAAGGACAGGAGCAGAAGUUCUUGAGAAAGAUGCUUCUUGAUAGACAGAAUGAGAUGCAGGCACUCUUGUCCAUGGGACGUAGCCUGGCCGCAGAUCUAGAACCUUCAGAGAAGGCUAAUGUAGAAGGACAGUUGGAUGAUUUGCUCAACAGAUUUGAUGAUGCCAAUGCCCGAUCACAGGAGCGCAUGGAGGCUCUCGAAGAAACACUGAAGGUUGCCAAGGAGUUCCAAAACAAACUUAACCCCAUUACAGAAUGGCUUGACCGCACUGAAAAGAAGCUCAAGGAGAUGAGCACCGUACCAUCAGAUGAAGAAAAAAUCCAGAAACUUCUUGAUGAGCAUGAUAACCUUCAUGAUGAAAUCCUUGGCCAGAAGCCUGCAUUUGAUGAUCUUACUGAUGUAGCUACAGCCCUCAUGAACCUUAUUGGAGAUGAUGAAGCCAAUGCAUUGGCUGACAGAUUGCAAUCAACCACAGACCGCUAUGGCCAGCUUGUAGAAGACUCAGAAGCACUUGGCCGUCUUCUGCAAGAAUCAAAGGUGGGUCUGCGCCAUCUUGUUCUGACUUAUGAGGACUUACUCUCAUGGAUGGAUGAGAUGGAAGCAAGGCUCUCCAAGUAUCGUAUCCUUUCUGUGUUUGUUGAGAAGCUCUUGGAGCAAAUGGAUGAACUGACAGACCUGGGAGAAGAAGUUGUAUCUCAUGAAAAACAGGUUUCAGAGGUAAUGGAAGCUGGUUCUCAGCUCAUGAAACACAUUUCCAGUGAUGAAGCUCUUCAGCUGAAGGAUAAAUUAGACUCUAUCCAAAGACGCUACAAUGAUCUUAGUGCCAAGGCAACUGACCUUCACAAGUCUGCCAAUGAAGCCUUGCCUUUGGUUCAACAGUUCCAUAGUGCUCAUGAUCGUCUGGGCUCAUGGAUGCUGUCUGUUGAGGGACAGCUCCAGAGCAUGGACUCCUCAGGCCAAGGACUCUUGGAAGAAGAGAUUGAGAGGUUGGCUCAAGAGAUCCAAGAACAUCGCCCAUUGGUAGAAGCUGUCAACUUGGUUGGACCUCAACUGUGUCAGAUCUCUCCUGGUGAGGGUGCCUCAAACAUUGAAACACUUGUCACAAGAGAUAACAGGAGGUUUGAACAAAUCUGCGAACAGAUUCAGAGAAGGAUGGAGAGAAUUCAUAUGUCCAAGCAGAGAUCACAGGAGGUCACACAUGACAUUGAUGAGUUGCUUGACUGGUUCCGUGAAGUGGAAGGUCAGGUCAGGGAAGCAGAACCUCCAAGUGUGGAUCCUGAUGAGAUUCGAAUCCAAUUGAAGGAGCACAAGGCUUUGAAUGACGAUGUUGCCAGUCAGAAGGGCAGAGUGCGUGACGUCCUGUCCAAUGCUAAGAAGGUCUUGAGGGAAGCACCACAACAUGAAGACACCAGUGAACUGAGAGAAAAGAUGGAUGACCUCAAGGAGACCAUGGAAUCUGUCUCUAAGCUUUCAUCAGAUAGGCUUUCGACCUUGGAGCAAGCUCUACCUCUGGCAGAGCACUUCUUUGAGACUCAUCAUGAGCUGGAUGACUGGCUCUCAGGCAUGGAGAAUGAAGCUAUGGUGAUGGACACCCCAGCAUUGCGUGCUGAACAGAUUAUCCGUCAAAUGGAGAGAAACAAGAACUUCUUGCAGUCCAUUGCUGACCACAAGCCAUUGCUUGACAAACUGAAUAAGACUGGUGGUGCCCUUCUUAAACUUGUCAAUGAAGAAGAUGGCAACAAGAUUCAAGAUCUCCUUGAAAGUGAUAAUGACCGUUACAAUGCUCUAAAGAAUGCACUUCGUGAACGUGGACAAGCUCUUGAGGAUGCUCUUCAAGAAACUAGCCAGUUCUCAGACAAGUUGGAUGGUAUGUUGUCUGCUUUGGCUGAAACUGCAGAUCAGGUGAAGAAUGCUGAGCCCAUCUCUGCCCAUCCUGAGAAGAUCCAUGAACAAGUGCAGGAGAACAACAGUAUCAUUGAUGACCUUGACAGGAAGGAGACAGCAUUUACUGCUGUUAAAGCAGCUGCAGAAGAUGUCAUCAACAAGGCUUCACGCAAUGACCCAGCUGUCAAGGAUAUUAAGAACAAGUUGGAUCGUCUGAACAAGUUGUGGGACCAUGUGCAAAUGGCAACUACCCAGCGUGGCCAAUCUCUGGAAGAUGCACUUGCAAUGGCCGAGAAAUUCUGGGAAGAACUACAAGGUGUCAUGACUGCCCUUAAGGACCUGCAAGAGACACUGAAGGCCCAAGAGCCAGUUGCUGUAGAGCCUCAGGCAAUCAAACAACAGAGAGAUGAACUUUCACAGAUCAAGAACAAGAUAGACCAAACAAAGCCAGAGGUGGAACAAGUUCGCCAGACUGGACGAGAUUUGAUGAACCUCUGUGGAGAGGCAGACAAGCCUGAAGUCAAGAAGAACAUUGAAGAUCUGGAUUAUGCUUGGGAUAAUGUCACAGCCUUGUAUGCCAGGCGAGAGGAGAACUUGAUUGAUGCCAUGGAGAAGGCUAUGGAGUUCCAUGACACACUGAGGAACAUGCUUGAGUUCUUGGAGAAGGCAGAAGACAAAUUCUCAGGAAUGGGUGCUAUUGCUGGAGACAUUGAAGCUAUCAAGGGCCAGAUUAACCAGCUGCAGAAGUUCAAGGAUGAGGUUGACCCACACAUGGUCAAGGUUGAGGCCCUGAACAGGAGUCUAAGAAGACAAGCUCAAGAACUCAAGGAACGCACCACUCCUGACCAGGCUGCCGCCAUUAUGGAGCCUUUGGGAGAAGUCAACCGACGAUGGGAUGAACUCCUCAAGGGUAUUGUAGAGCGACAGCGUGACUUGGAAUAUGCCUUGCUCAAGCUUGGCCAAUUCCAGCAUGCCCUCAAGGAACUGCUUGUUUGGAUAGAGAGAACCACCAAGAAUCUGGAUGACUUGAAACCUGUGUUUGGAGAUCCACAGGUCAUCGAAGUAGAGCUUGCCAAGCUGAAGGUGACCAUUAAUGACAUCCAAGCUCAUCAAUCAAGUGUAGACACACUUAAUGAUGCAGGACGGCAGCUGAUUGAAGCUGAUAAGGGCUCUGAAGAUGCUUCCAACACCCAGAAGAAGUUGUCUGAACUAAACAAGAAAUGGAGUGAACUGCAGGACAAGGCUAGCAGCAAACAGAAUGACUUGGAAAAUGCAUUGAGGGAAGCUCAGAUCUUCAGUGCAGAAAUCCAGGAUCUCUUGCUCUGGCUUGGAGACAUUGAUGCUGCAUUGUCAACCUCUAAGCCUGUUGGUGGUUUGCCAGAAACUGCAAAGGAGCAGUUGCUUCGCUUCAUGGAGAUUUACGAUGACCUAGAGGAGAACCGUUCCAAGGUUGAGAGCACACUUCAGCAAGGCCAGGAGUACUUGAAACGUUCUCGUGAAGGAUCUGCUUCCAAUCUGAACCAUAGUUUAAGAACUCUCAAGCAACGUUGGGAAAGUGUCAUGAACCGUGCUAAUGACAAAAAGAUCAAACUAGAAAUUGCUCUUAAGGAGGCCACUGAAUUCCACGAUGCCUUGCAACAGUUUGUUGACUGGCUAACGGAGGCUGAGAACUUCUUGAAUGGCCAACAGCCAGUUUCUCGUGUUCUGGAUAUUAUCCUCCAACAAAUUGAAGAACACAAUAGUUUCAAGAAGGAUGUUACUGCUCAUCGUGAGGUAAUGCUCAAUCUGGAUAAGAAGGGAACUCAUCUUAAGUACUUCAGCCAAAAGCAGGAUGUUAUUUUGAUUAAGAACUUGCUUGUGUCUGUUCAGCACCGCUGGGAAAAAGUAGUGUCAAAGGCAGCUGAAAGAACUCGUUCACUUGACCUUGGAUUCAAGGAAGCCAAGGACUUCCAUGAUAAUUGGAAUGAACUCAUAUCCUGGCUCACUGAUGCUGAAAAUACUUUGGAUGAGCUUGCAUCCAAUGUGGGCAAUGACCCAGAGAAGAUCAAGGCUCAAAUUGCUAAGCAUAAGGAGUUCCAGAAGGCCCUUGGUGCUAAGCAGCCAUCUUAUGAUGGUACAAUGAAGCAGGGUCGAAGUCUGCAGAACAAGGCACCAAAGACUGAUGAAGAGACACUGAAACAGAUGAUGGCAGAUUUGAAGAACAAAUGGAAUAGUGUGUGCCAGAAGAGUGUAGAUCGGCAGAGGAAACUUGAGGAAGCUCUAUUGUUUACUGGCCAGUUUAAGGAUGCCAUCCAAGCUUUGCUGGACUGGCUCAAGAAGGUGGAAGUUGGGCUUGUGGAGGAUGGACCAGUUCAUGGAGAUCUGGACACUGUUAUGGCUCUUGUGGAACAACACAAAGCUUUCUGUGCUGAAAUGAAGAACAGGUCAGCUCAGGUUGAAAGUGUCCGUCGCACUGCUGAUGAUCUCCUGGUCAAGGCUAGUGCUGAAGAUGCUGCCACCAUUAAAAGACAGAUCAUUGAGUUAGUAAGCUCAUGGGAGAAGGUAGAAAAAGCCACUGAAGUUCGCACACUGCGUUUAGAAGAGGCUUUGCAGGCUGCAGAAAGAUUACACAAGGUUGUGCAUAUGCUCCUUGAUUGGCUGUCUGAUGCCGAAAUGAAACUUCGGUAUGCUGGCCCCUUGCCAGAUGAUGAAGAAGAAACAAGACGUCAGAUUGCUGAACACGAAUCCUUCAUGGCAGAACUGGCACAAAAGGAGAAGGAAAAGGAUGACACCAUUGCACUGGCAGAAGAUAUCCUUGCCAAGGCCCAUCCUGAUGGUGUAGCUACAAUCAAGCACUGGAUUACAAUUAUUCAGUCAAGAUGGGAAGAAGUCAUGGCCUGGGCUAGGCAGAGGGAAACCAGAUUGUCUGAUCAUCUCCGAAGCCUUAGUGACCUUGCUGGACUUCUUGAUGAAUUGAUGCGUUGGUUGAUCCAGGCUGAGAACAAUCUGACGACAUUGGAAGCCGAACCACUGCCAGAUGACAUCCCAGCCAUUGAAGGCCUGAUCACUGACCACAAGGAAUUCAUGGAUGAGAUGCAGAAGAAGGAACCUGAUGUUCUAAGUAUUUGCAAACCAACCAAACCGAGACCUUCACUCUCCAACCAGGGCAAGAAGCGCUCUAGAGCAUCCCUUGGUCGUGAGAGUGUGAGCCCAGGAAGGGAAUCCUCGCCAGAAUAUGAUUAUCCAUCCCGACGUUCUAGCCGUAUCAGCCCCGAUCGCGAAUCUUCACCAGGACCCAAAUCGCGAAAGUCCAGCCGCGCAUCACCUGCUCGUGAGAUCACACCCACUCGGGAAUACCCUCGGCCCUGGAUGUUUGGAGCAAGAACAACACCACCCCGAGAGUUAUCACCCGGAGCUGACCGAGAAAGAGAAUGGCCUCUUUCACACUUGCGCUUUGCCACGUCCACACCAACGCCUGCUGGUGCUACUACUGGUACUGCAGGAGGAAGAAAGAGCAGCAAGGCCAGUGUGAGAGAUGAACCUCAGAUCAAGAAUCCUCAUGCUAGAGCAUUGUGGGAGAAGUGGCAGCAUGUUGGCUUCAUGGCAUGGGAACGCAUGCGACGUCUCUAUGACAAACUCAACUAUCUUCAGGAGCUUGAGAAACUUAAGAACUUCUCCUGGGAAGAAUGGAGGAAGAGGUUCAUGAAGUUCAUGAACCACAAGAAAUCUCGUGUGACUGAUCUGUUCCGCAAGAUGGACUCUGAUAAUGAUGGAGCUGUGCCAAGAGAAGACUUCAUUGAUGGAAUCCUUAAGACCAAGUUCCCUACAAGCCGUUUGGAGAUGGGAACUGUUGCCGAUAUAUUUGACCGCAACCAGGAUGGCUACAUUGACUACCAAGAGUUCAUUGCGGCAUUACGACCUGACUGGGAGCGCAAGGGACCUUUGACUGAUGCAGAAAGGAUUGAUGAUGAAGUGCAGAAACAGGUUUCCAAAUGCACCUGCCGACAGAAGUUCCGUGUGCACCAAGUAGGAGAAGGCAAAUAUAGGUUUGGAGACAGUCAGAAGCUCCGUCUGGUUCGUAUCCUGCGGUCAACCGUCAUGGUUCGUGUGGGCGGUGGAUGGGUGGCACUUGAUGAAUUCCUUGUGAAGAAUGACCCAUGCAGAGUAUGUCCGUCUAUACCUGAGUUAGAGCAGGUUGGAGAUUUGGAACUACAUGAGCAUGGGUGCCCUAUGAGAGGAAAGACUUCACCAGCUGGGUCCUGCCGUAGCUCCUCCAAGGGUCGCACCAACGUGGAGUUACGCGAGCAGUUCAUCCUAGCGGAGGGCGUAUCCCAGAGCAUGACACCGUUCAAGUCCAAGCCUAGCCCCAACAGUUCUGUGUCAAGCCAGUCAGGCACUCCUGCCCAGCAGCGAUCCCAGUCCCUGCCUAACGCUGGGCCCAUUAUCAAGGUCCGAGAAAGAACAGCCAAGAGCUCAGCCAUGGGCCGUGCUUCCUUCAGUGCUGGAACUCCAGAUUCCUCGUUUAGUGAAGAAGGAGGCACUUCCUCGUUCCAUCUCCAUGGUGGUAAGCGCAAGGCUUCCGCUCCAGUCACAUCCCGCUCAUCUUAUAAUACCUCAGCUGACAGUCAACCAGGAAGCCGAGGAGGCAGCCGCCCUGCUUCUCGAGGACCUGGCUCUCGUCCUGGUUCUCGGCCUGGGUCUCGACCACCAAGUCGUGCAGGCUCAGAGGUGUCCCUAGACUCCUAUGAUGGCGGCCGGACCCCCAUGAGACGCACACCCUCAUUUACAGGGCGAACACGCACACCAUCUAGUCAGUCCUCUGGGGUUCAGCGGUCUUCUUCCCUUAGAAAGGCCUCGGCCCCUGUCAAGUCCUCCACAGGCACUGUCAACGGAACUGGGACACGUGCCAUCUCUGUCUCAUCUAGAUCGCGGAGCAUGACAAGGACGCCGUCAGCAUCGAGCAUUCCUGUAGCUGUGGCAUCCUCGUCCAGGUUAUAUUCACCGACUCUGUCCAGUCGAUUGAAAGAGGCAGGAAUUAGGACCAAAAUCCCGGUUCUUGUGGGUGCUGCCUCUGAUUGGGAACGGACUAACCUAUCUGGCUCCACAUCUAACCUGAAUGUUGCGGGAACACCCUUAAGGUCCCGAACUUCAUCAACUACUAGUCUUAACUCCAAUCAUUCCACAAGCAAAAUUCCAACACUGAGACACAAAGUGUCCACCACACAAAGCACCACUCCCAAGACCUCCACUACUACAAGGACUCGGAAUCCUUCAGGUUCCAGCAGCACAGGUGGAACUACUAGGAUUGCCCGCAAAUCCUCUGCUGCUUCAGACACGCCUACCGGGAUAGCAAGGAAGACAGGCAUCGCAGAGCCACGACGCAAGUUGUAGGAGAUUAAAUGGCAAAAUUAUAUUAUAUUGUGCUAGGGCCCAAUGAAAGUUGUAAAGAAAAUUUACAUGGUACCCUGUACAGUUUAUAUUAAAACACAUAGAUGUAUGACAGUUACAAGUGAUAAAAUUGUAAAUGUGUAACAUGUUGCCACAUUUUUUGUGGCACAUUAUGAUAUAUAAUUGAUCAUAUUUUCUUUUGGAAAAAGCUUUAAAUAGACAACAUUGUAAUGAUUAGAGAUCUCUGAAAUUAUUUGAUUGGCAUUUUUCUAAUUGAAAUAUUUGACUUCUGGUUGGAUUUAGAUCCAUAUAAUUUCUAUGGAAUAUUCAUCUUUUGAAUUUGCUAGCAAAUGUGAUAUCAUGACAGGGCAAAUCCUGUUGCCUGAUAAUAGGACUGGAUUUGGUUAAUGUUAAUAUAUGAUAGAAAUCACGGUAUCAAGUUCUAUUUUAUAUUAAUAAAGCCUGAUCUGGCCCUACAAAGUGAUAUGAUUAGGGUAGUGCAAGCCCAUUUUGAGAGUUCUCAGCCAUUCCACUCAACAUAUCGUGCUUGCUUUUGAAAAGGUUGUUUAUUGUGUAAAGUCUCCAAGACUAUGUUGCUUGAUUUUAUUUUAUUUUUGUUUAUUUUCACCUUUGUGGCAUACAGUUCAGAAUUUUCAACUUCAAAUAUUUUCUUGGUGACAAUGCAAGUCAAUAAUUGUCUUCAUCAAUUCUUAUGUCAUACUAUGUUAGAUUCUAUUAGAUUUUUUUUCUUCCUUUCUUUUUUUUUUUUUAUGCUCCGCCCACUUGAACCAGUGUUUAAGAAGACCUCAGUUACAAGUGUAUUGUCUCAUUUCCCUGAUUCAUAGUCUAAGGCUGUUCUCAUGUACUCACCAUUAACGCUUCAUACCUAACUUGCCUAUGUGCGUAUCAAGCAAGCCUAUGUGGGGUAUUACAGGUUGCCAAAAUGCCACGUCUUGCAAGGAAUAUAUGUUGAUUUGCAACUUGGAGUUCAGCAGGAGUUUAAUGGUGCUUUAUAGUCAUAUAGAAUUUAUACUAAGCAAUAUUGGUACUUGAAAUUAUGUUAAAAUGCGCCUCAAUGGUUUAUUGUCUGUGCUACUAAUAAAGUGCAAAUGUGAUGAGAACAGUAAUUUGAGUCUCGGAUAGUAUAUCAUUUAAUUGUGAUUCCUAAUUGUUAAUAGGAAUAUUUUCUUGUAGCACUAUCUAAGUUACACGACAGCUGAUCUCAUGACAAAACGUUGAAAAAACAAAAAACAAAAAAACUUUCGUUCCUGGAACAGCAAAUCGAAGAUGGAACGGACUCAGAAAGCUAUGUCAAACUUACAUGACAUUAGGUGUGGCUCUGGGAAAAAAAAUAUCGACCAUAAGUAGAGGAUGCAAAUGCUGCAGGCUGGUUCCGGGUUUUAACGGAGGCAAAACACCAUCUCAUGUCUCUGUAUGGUCUUGUAACAUUUGCAUCAUUUACUUAGCGGUCUUGGUGUCAUUUUUUUCUUCUUCUUCUGUUACCUAACUCUUUAACAGAUUUUUAAUUAGGCUAAAUUUCCGAAUGUUGUCUUUUGUGUUUUUGUUGUAUUGUUUGUAUAAACCUUAGCUUUCAUGCUUUGUUAUAAGUUGUAAAUAAUAUAAUAAUAUAGUAAGCCCAUUGAAAGAUUGAAUUAUGGGGCACAAAAUAAAUUUCACAGUGAGUAACAAAAAUAUGGUAAGAUGUACUAAAGUCCUUUUGGUUGAAUAUACUGUACUUGACCAAUCAUCAUAGAAUAUUUUUUGUAUUUAAAUUGCUUAUGAUUAUACUAAUGCUUCGAUAAUAAAUGAGUAACGAGA